ACCAGACAUAAAAACCGUCAGUACUCAGCAGUUAUCUGUGUAUAUUUUAGCCUAUUUAUCACCUAAUAAGAAGAAGAAUUGCAGACAUUUGGUAGAAAUAUUCAAUGAAAGAAGACGAGAUAGGCACCUGAAGAUUCUGGAAUUGUAUUUUGACAUCGGCGGUUAAAAUGUCUAUCCAAUCACAAUACUGCACUGGAGAACAUAAUGUGUCUAGAAAGACUUGGCACUGAAAACCCUGGGACUGCGAGACAAAAUGAGCAAUCAAGAAGAUGACGAGUGGGUGCCACAUCGAAGAAAGGGUCCACAAAAAGGUGCACCUUUACUGUCACUAGAAAGCAGUGCAAUUUCAGAUGAUGGAUCCAUCCUUGGAGGGAGAUCUAGUAGUGAUGUUUACCAAUCAGGUAGGCAACGAACCAAUAUAUUGAGCGAAACGUUUCUUCAAAGAGUGACAAAAAAUAUUCAUGUCAAGGAUUGGAAACCAAUCUUCCGGGAUCUUGUCAGCCCCUUCAUUAACAAUGUAGAGGUUCUCAUCGGUGAGAUUGAGAAGGAUAAUCAGAAUGACAGCAGAGAGCAGAAGUAUCAGGCACUGGUGAAGUGGAAGGGCAUCAUGCCUGGAGAUGAUGAGGCUAAAUACCAAGCUCUGGAGGCAAUCCUUAAGACACAUCACUGCUGGAAGGACAGCGAUCAAGAGGUGGAGAGUGUGAAUACUGGUGGAGCUACAAAGAAGAAACCAAAACAAAAAGACACUGGAGCAAGGCCAAAAGUACGUCCAAAAGUUAAGCAUGGAGUUGAUAAUGAGGGAAUUCUCACUAUUGAACUGGAAGGGAGUACAGAACCAUUGCUUCAAGUAAAACUAAAGGAUGUCUUGGAAAUUGAUGAAGUUGUAGUUGCAGAUGUCCUGUUGAUUUCCGUCAUUACCCCAAGCUUUGCCAACAUCAAUGUUCAGAUGAAGUUAACAGAGUUGGAAGAACGCUUUUAUGACAAAUACGGCACCAAAGGACUACAAUUUGAGAACAUUGGUAUUGGAACUAUAGAGAUGUAUGUAAGAGAUAGAAGUAGAUGCACGAAGUUGAUAACAAUGGACAAAGAGAAUUUCAUUCAAGUAGUUAAUGACGAUAAGAGCAAGCUUCGUGUUUUAUCACUAGUUGGGGAUAAUUAUGAAAGCGACAACUUGGGUAAGUAUGGAAAACCAUCUGAGCAGUCAUUACACACAACCGAACUGUGUGAAUGGCAUCCAGCCAGAAGUAAAAUAUCAACUAAACAGAUAGUACACAAAUCUGUGAGUGAAACGCCCACAACCGACAAGUUGUAUUGUCAAAUGCCAGAUGCCAAACAAUUUGCUAAACUUAUUGCAAAGAGUGGCGAUACCUCUGUAAAAUUUAGGACCGAGAAAGAGUAUUCUGGAGAAUCUGGUUCAAUUACUUUCACAAAGGAUGUUGUUGCCUGGUGGAAUACACCAAGAAAUGGUGAUGUGUUCUUAAUCAUCGGUGUGAAAGGAUACUCGUCUCCACCGCAUGAUUUAAUUGGGUUACAGAAUCGCAGAAUUAAUGCAGACUAUCAAGCAAUGUUUAAAAGAUGCUUCUCACACACACCCACAUUUGUUUAUUCAGAGGUGGAGUAUUCAGACAAGGUAUUUGGUGUUGUUGGUAUUCCAAACAGUAAAGGGUCGGGUAAAGUUUGCUGGGCAACUGAAACGAAAGGGGAUGAGUGGACUCAAAAUAACAUUUUGUUUUGCGAUGGAGGUACAAUAAUGCCUGCAAAUCAAAAGCAACAAGAUCAGAUAUACAAAUGGUUUCACUCAACACCAGACAAAACAUCAUCACACAGGAGUUCCAGGAAAGGGGAGGACGAAGCAUGGGAAGAAUUCUUGCAGAAAUUAGACCUUGAGAACCAACCAAGGCGUAGUUACUGUUUACUGGUGAGUAAGUGUUCCAACGAGACAAGGAACUUGCAAGCUUUGGCUAAGUUUUCCUGGCUGCAAGUAUGGGAUUUUGAUCCAGAUAGUAGAGAAAGUGGUUUUCUGGCAGUAUGUGAAGCUGACCUCCAGGAGCGGUUAGCUGUCAGGACCUGGAAUGAUGCCCCACAAGAUUCUCUGUCUGAGUCCUUCCUUGAAUGGCUAUUUGUGAGAGGUCUAACAAAGCGGGAAGACAGUCUAGUUCCAAGCAGUGUUAGAGAGUGGGUUUUAAGAGUAGGCAAGCAUCUUGACAAUUACUGUGACUUGCUGAGCACGCAUUGUGAAGGUAAACCACUGACCAUCGUUGUUGUGUGGUAUGGGAGCAAAGAUAUCCUCCGUCAUCUGAAGCGUACACUGCUAAAGCUUGAUGAACACAUAACCAGUGGUAUCACCUACAUUAUAUGCAUGCAACAGACUCCAGCUGAUGAUUAUGGCCGCAAUUUGAUGACGGAACUUUGCGAUGAGCUGGAAAUUACCAAGGUGAUUGAGAUAUCUCUUGAUAGAUUGUGUUUUGGAAUGUUGAGUAUUGUUGAUGAUCAACCUCAUGCAGAUAUUGUGCGUCAUCUACCAGGUAGUGUUGGAAGUAUCAGUAACCGUGAUUCAAGGUGGCUUCACGAAGAGCUUGAGGUGUUGUACAAAAGUGACGAGCUCUUAAAACAAGAAAAUGUCACACCCGGUGAGGUAUUUUUAAGAGGCGGAACUCUGAUCUGGCAGGAAAUGCAUAUUGGCAUCUUUGAUGCUAAGCGGAACCUUUUGAAGGAACUGGCUGCAUUCCUGCAGUGCCGUCUUCACAGAGGUUCUUCUUGUAUUGUCACACUCUACCAUGAGCCAGGAGCAGGUGGGACAACAUUGAGUCGUAGAAUACUGUGGGAUUUUCAUGACCAGUUUCCGUGUGUGUGUACACUUGCUGAUGUUCUUGACCCAAGCAAAAUAUUCCAAAGGCUAGAGUCCUUAUACUGUCAAACCAAAACACCGAUUCUGCUUGUUGUGGAUGGGCAAGAAUCCAGAUUACUCCAAGAAUUGUUUGAGAUGAGUCAAGGUAAGAUCCACAUUGUCAUUCUAAAUGUGCAACGUUAUACCAAGGCCAUUGGAAAUCAAACUCAUGCAAAAGAUAAGUUUUGGCUCAAAGGAGAGGUUGACAGUUGCGAAGCUCAACGCUUCAAUGCAGUCUUUUCCCAGAUUACAAAAGGGAAAGUCAAGUUGCAACUGCAGAAACUGGUGAGGGAAGUGGACGAAAAAACGCAAAAACACUUUGUGUAUGAGUUUGGGUUGGCCGCCUACAAUGAGAAUUACAAAGGUCUCAGACCUUAUGUGAGAGGAUUCUUGGCUCUACAAAGAAAUGAGGCCUUAAACGACUGGCAAACAGCAGUAGGUUACUUGGCUCUGGCUUUCUUUUAUGGGCACAAAUGCAUCCCCUGUCAAUUUUUUUCACUCCUUUUUGAUAAAAAGGAUACUGAAAUCGUGUCUGCCUGUGAUGUCUUGACUCACAGUGGCAAUCAGUUUGUGCUGGAAGACACACGCAAGUGCACCUGGAGAAUAACCCACCAUGCUGUGGCCAAGGAAAUACUAGAGCAAAUACUCACACAAGGCAGUCCCAGUAAUGGAGAGGGUAAUGAUCUGAGCAAUCAGGCAAGAAGAAAUUUGAGGGAGUUUGCCAAAGACUUCUUAACAUAUGCAAGCAAGAGGCUAAAAUACUCCAAACCUGACCCCUCUUCGUAUUUCAUGCGUACAUUGAGAGCUAUCUUCAUCCACCGUGACUACAAAGAGGUAGGACAAGAUCAGUACAAACGAGAACUUCUGUCGAGGCUGAUGUGUGACAUCCAAGAUACUUCUGGACAGAAGAAGUUAGAUCUCAUGGAACACCUUGUUGAGUGUUUUCCUACAGAUCCAACCUUUGUUUCUCACUUAGGAAGAGCAUGCAAUAUCUACACCCAUGAUUUUGAGAAAUCUCUCGCACACUUGACCAAGGCAAAAGAACUUCGACAGUUGGAAAUAAAGGCUUGUGCUGAGAAAUACAGUGACACAAAAAAUCAAGGUCAGAGUAUGCAAGAUGCAAUUCUUUGCACAAUUUAUCACAACCUUGGUAACGUCCACCAUGAUAAAAUAAAAUCACUCAUUGGUGGUGGGAAACUUAAGGACAGGAAGCAUUACAUUGGCAAGCCCGAUCAGCAAGACUCUUUUCGAGAGGUAUGUAAGUAUGCAAGCUCAGCUAUCCACAACUUCAGUACCUGUAGACAGCAUCUGACAAAAGGUAUGGAUGAAAGUUAUGGCUAUAUUGGAGAAAUCAAAGUUCGUUUGCAUAUUGCCGACUAUGUAGCAACGCGCUACGAGCAAGGUGGGUACUACGGAUUUCUUACCUCAGAGAACAACAGUGCUGAAGCUAAGGAAUUGGUUGAAAGUUGUUUCUCCAAAGUAAAUGUACUGCUAAGACAGUACCAAGAUUUAAUGAAAACAACUCGGCAGCCUGAAACUGAUGAACUUGACUCUUGCCUGAAUUGGUUUUCGGCAAUAUUUGAUGAUCCAGGUACAGCUUUGAAGUAUUGGAAAGGAAGAGAAGACGUGGACAGCUGUAGAGACAUGAUAGCCAUCUACACAUUGAAACACAAAGGUAAACGAUCAGCUCGCACAACAACUCAUAUUUUGAACAACAUCACAUCAGGGGAUGAUGUUGAGAAAAUAGUUGAGCUCUAUGAGAAAAUCUUCAAGGAUGCUUAUAGGAGAAGUAUUUCCAUUGAUGUUAGUGCUGAAGUAAGCGAUUGGAUUGUUGCCAUUCGGAACCCGAGUCUUCAAUCCACCGUCUACUCGAUGUCUGAUAAAGUACUACCACAAGUUAAACAUUGCCACAACCUGACGCCACAGUCCAUUAUGACAUUGUACUACCUGUAUGUUGUCAACACAACUCUAGCUCUUCUGACUCAGAAAAAGAUGUACCUAUCAGAGUCAAAAAGCCUUCUGGGGAAAAUGGAGGAAAAGAAAACCACUGUAAAUCGUAUUCAGAGGAAGUUUGCCUGGGAAUGGCUGAAAACAAACAAGGAGAAAAGCAUCCAUUGCUUGGUCCACAGGAGCUGUCUAGGUUCAUGGAAUUCUGAGAAACGCUUCUGGCAAGAUGAAAGUGCACAUGCCAAAUUGCAAGUCUGCACAGGCGUAAUCAAAUCAUGUGAAAUGCCAUUUCAUGGACAAAUUGCCAUCACCACUGGUGGCCUGCACCAGGCUGUUACCACAAGUUCGCUGAUUGCUGUGUACGUACCCAAACAUUAUGGCCUAUUUGGGAAGAAUUACCUAAACAGAGAGGUAGAGUUCUUCAUUGGAUUCAACAUUGAGCAUGGUAUUGAAGCAUUUAAUGUUUGUGAACUCAAGAAAGGCCAUUGUGACCACUGUAAAAUUACAGUCACUGUGUCCAGGCUGGAGCAACGUGUGCGUAAAUUAUGUCACAAGUGUCACCGUCUUCUUGAAAUUUAUUCAACUUGAGGUGUAGAAUGUGCCAUUCAAACGUCUUCUAGCAAGUAUGAUGAUUCCUGACACUGACAGUGUCUAUUGGUUAAAAUAAAGUUUUGAAUCUACUUCUCUUCAGAAUGAUUGUUGAGCCUUGAAAUACAGAUUUUAUAGUGACAGAAGUUUCAAACUAUUUUAUUAUAAACAAUUUCCAUUCCAAGAAACAUUAAGCAUAUAAACAUAUACACUUACAGAUGAGGCAGUUGCUUGUUGACAGAAAUGAUCGAUUUUUUAGAAGUAAUAAGGAGCAUGGGUUAUCCUAUAUUCAACCUGAAAGCUCACAUAAUAAAUGGCUUAAUUCAUUCUUGUACCAGGACUAUCUCCAGUGAAAUACCUUUGUCUGAAUAUCAUGUAAGUUUGAUCGCCACAAUCGAAAUUAAGUGUGAAUUGGUAAUGUGCAGAACAUUCCUGAGACCAUAAACCAUGUUUAUUGUUUGUUGUUUUGCACUAAAAUGGUUCAACGUGGAACACACAUUAUUAUGGCAUGUACCCAGGAUGGCAGAUGAUGUGAAUCUGUUCGUAUAUACAUCACAACACCCCAAGCCCUUCAUUCUAUGCACAAGUCUGAAAUGCCAAGUGUAAAACUACAUCCAUACUAGUUUCCCAGCAAUUUGAACAAUAUUUACAAUUUGUCCAGCAUUCUCUUGAGUACUCUUUUAACCAAGAAGAUUUAACCAGCUGAUGCAAACUGCUUACCACCCAAAAAGACCCCAUUGUUUAGAUGGUAGUUGUUAGUGGUCUGACAUUUCGACCCUAGCAGUCUUCUUGAAGGCCUUCAAGUAAGACUCCACAAGGGUCGAACCAUCGGACCAGAACAAGCUACACAGGAGCCAUUUUCCCAAUUGAUGUACACAAACACAAGAAAUUUAACCCGAAACUUUUUCUGGGCAGUAGUGAAACACCACGAGAAAAAGAUUUAAUAAAUCAAUAAAUGAAAAAAUACUUUCAUACAUUUUCCCUUUGAUAUCAUUGUCAUUCCAUAGUAAAUAAUGCGAAAUCCUCUGUAUUGUUUUUGUAUUUUAUAUUGUGUGUAUUUUAUGUCGAAAAGUACUUUCAGACAGAUUAAUGUUGAUAUUAAAUUACUUGGUUAGUAUUUACUAGUGUUACUCAUUUAUCUAAGAUUUAUCUUAGAUUUGAUAAGUUUCUGUUCAUUGAGCUAUUAUUACAUUUUGGAGCAGUGUUUUCAUCAGAUCUAUACUUUUGUAUGUAUAAUUAUAGUCAGAAUGCAACAAGACACAACAAAUCAUUUGUUAAUUAGAGUGGGAAUGAUGGUGUUUUUUUUUAAAAAUCGGUAACCAAUCAAAAGAACUCGUGAAAGUACUAAAAACUGUUUUAUCACCUUAAAGGGAAGGUACACGUUUGGUCAUUACUCAAAACAAAUGUUAACUUAAAAACUGACUUGGUAACAAGCA